GGAUAAGUUAAAAGAGUAGGAGACCAGUACCUUUUGCUAUCAACUUUGCUCUUGGUUUCUUCCUUUCCAUAAACAUCUAAAAUGAUUCUCCCAAGUCAUACAGAGAAUUUUCAGUUCAGUUAUUCUCACUUCUAUACAAUGAAGUAUACUGUUGUGGUAUCUUUACUGACCUUUUCUUUGCUACCCUAUGCUCUCUGCUCAAGGGCCAAUGAAACAGACAGAAUGUCGCUGCUCGAAAUCAAGAGUAUGAUCAUUGAUGAUCCCUUGAGGAUCAUGGAUUCCUGGAAUGAAACCAUCCAUUUCUGUAACUGGCUUGGUGUCUCGUGUGGUCGUCGUCACCGAAGAGUCACAGUUUUAGAUCUUAAUUCUCUGAAAUUGAGGGGUUCUUUGUCACCAAGCAUUGGCAAUUUGAGCUAUCUUCAUGUCAUUAAGCUCCAAAACAACAGCUUUUCUGGUGAAAUCCCAUCAGAACUUGGCUUCUUACAUAGGUUACAGAUUUUACGCCUUGACAAUAACUCAUUUCCCGGUCAUAUUCCAUCAAACAUUUCUGGUUGCAUCAACCUUUUUUCUGUUGCUCUUUCAUAUAAUACGAUGGUAGGCGAAAUUCCAGCAGAAUUAGGCACAUUGUUGAAACUCCAAGAACUUUUUCUUGUUUCUAACUACUUUACAGGAGGUAUUCCGACUUCUCUUGGUAAUCUUUCUUUACUUGAUACUUUUUUGGCAAGCAAGAAUAAAUUGGUCGGAAAAAUAUCUGAUGAAUUAUGCCAAUUGCCAAACUUAAAGUACUUUGUAGUGAAUGAGAACAAUUUGAGUGGAACCCUGCCUCCUUGUCUUUUCAAUCAAUCUUCUAUGGUGGCCAUUGAUGUUGGAACAAAUCAUAUAGAAGGGAAUUUGCCUCCAUUGCUUGGUAUUACUCUUCCUAAUUUGCAGUUCCUUAGCAUUCAUAGAAACAGUGUAACUGGAAAUAUUCCAGUAACGCUAUCAAAUGCCACAAAUCUUCAGUUUCUUAUUGCUGGUAGAAAUGGACUCACAGGAAAAGUACCGCCCCUUGGAAAUUUGUUGAACAUGCGGAGAUUUUUAGUUGCUUUCAAUCAUCUAGGGAAGGGGGAGAAUGAUGACCUUAGCUUUAUCACCACAUUGGUGAAUGCCACCAGCUUGGAGCUUUUGGAGCUCAAUACAAAUAAUUUUGGUGGAGCCUUACCUGCAUCUGUUAGUAAUCUUUCGUCUGAGCUUAUAGAGUUUUCGCUAACUAACAAUCAUAUUUCUGGAGAAAUCCCAAGAGGGAUAUCCAAUCUCAAGAAGCUAGUGGCUUUCUUUGUGGCAUACAACAGAUUUCAUGGUGAAAUUCCUUCUGAAAUCGGGGAUAUGACAUAUUUGCAGGAGUUGGCUUUACUUGGAAAUCAGUUCUCUGGCCAAAUUCCAAUCUCAUUUGGAAAUUUAGCUUCUCUAACCAGACUCAGUUUGAGAGAAAAUAAUCUCCAGGGGAGAAUUCCUUCCAGUUUAGGCAAAUGCCACAAUUUGGAACUGUUGGAUCUUGGUUCAAAUAACCUUAGUGGUGUCAUACCGUCAGAAAUUCUUGAACUCUCAUCCUUGUCAGAGGGCGUGGACCUUUCUCAGAACAGGUUAACUAGUUUCCUUCCGAUGGAAAUUGGGAAGUUGAUAAAUCUAGGCUACUUAAACCUGUCUGAUAACAGGUUGCAGGGACAAAUUCCUACCACUCUAGGUACUUGUGUGAAACUUGAAGCACUAGACUUAAACAACAACAACUUUAUGGGUAGUAUUCCUUCAACCAUGAGUAAUUUGCGAGGCCUGGAAAUUUUAGACCUUUCUCACAACAAUCUGUCAGGUGGAAUCCCAGGAUUCUUGAAGGACUUCAAGUUUCUGCAGAUUUUAAAUCUGUCUAGCAAUAAUUUGGAAGGUGCAGUCCCCACAAGAGGCAUCUUUAGUAAUGCUACUGCUGCACCCAUCUUUGGAAAUAAAAAGCUCUGUGGGGGUACACUAGAGUUGGACCUUCCGGCUUGCAAUGCAGAAGUAAAAAAAGAAAGGAAAUCAGGUUUUCCGUUGAAAAUAGUAAUUCCUGUAGUUUGUGGGCUUAUAGGAUUGACAUUCAUAGUUUGUUUUCUUUGCCUAAGACGGUUAAGUGGAUCGAGAAAAGCACCACUUACAGAUAUACCUGAAAACUCGACCUUAAGAGUAUCUUAUCAGUGUCUCCUUAGGGGAACUGAUAGAUUCUCUGCAUCAAAUUUGCUUGGCAUGGGUGCUUUUGGGUCAGUAUAUAAAGGAAUUUCUGAAGACGAUGGUACAGUUUUUGCUAUUAAGGUACUGGACCUUUCACACCCUGCAGCUUCCCGGAGUUUUUUAGCUGAAUGUGAGGUUCUAAAGAACAUCAGACAUCGUAAUCUUGUAAAGGUGCUAAGUGCAUGUUCAAGUAUCGAUCAUGAAGGUAAUGAAUUCAAAGCCAUAGUUUAUGAGUACAUGGAUAAGGGAAGCCUGCAUGACUGGUUGCAUUUCACUCCUCGGGAGAACACUGAAUCACUGGAGCACAGGAAGCUUGGGUUUCUUCAAAGAUUAAACAUUGCCAUUGAUGUCGCCUGUGCUCUGGACUAUCUGCAUAAUGAUUGCCAACCUCCAAUAAUUCACCGUGAUCUGAAGCCAAGCAAUAUUUUCCUUGACGAAAGCAUGACUGGACAUGUUGGUGAUUUUGGUUUGGCAAGAUUUGUUCCACCAGCAAUUCCAAACUCAUCAGCAAAUUCAAAAAGCUCUACAGGAGUAGGGGGAACUAUUGGUUAUACACCUCCAGAAUUGGGCAUGGGAAGUGGCCCCUCUAUCUAUGGAGAUGUAUACAGCUUUGGCAUACUGCUCUUGGAAAUGUUUAUUGGGAGGAGACCAACUGAUGAAAUGUUCAACGACAGUUUAAACCUUCAUAACUAUGCCAAGGCUGCUUUACCAGACAGAGUGAUACAUAUUACAGAUCCCAUUCUUAUCCGGGAAAGAGAUGAACUUGGGACCAAAUACAAGCUCAAUAACAACAGAAGCAGUACCGGUGACAAAUUUCUGUCAUUCUUAGUUUCGGUGAUUCAAAUUGGAGUUUCCUGCUCAGUAGAAUCUCCAAACGAAAGAAAACGGAUCAGUGAUGUCGUUCGAGAACUCAAUUCAUUGAGGAAGUUAUUCUUGGAGCAAGCAUAACGGAAAGAUAAGGUUAUAAGCUCCCACCUGCAUUGCCAGGUAUAGUGUUAGUCCUCCUCAUGUUUAGUGACAUGAGGUAAUCUGCACAGCGAAUCAAAUUCAUGAGUUUUAGGUUUCAUUCUGCUCUUUUAAUUUGUAGUUAUAAAGCAGGACAUUCCUAAUGAAAGAUGCAAAAUAUAUAACUAGAGAUAGCUCUUUGUACGUUUCGUAGUUGAAA